AUGGAAGACAAGGCAAAUGGUUCUCUUGACACCAAAAGCCCAGUGGAGAAUGGCCAGCUUCCAGAUCCAGCCAACUGGGCGGUUGCUGACGUCGUCAAUUACUUUAAAGCUACAGGGUUUGAGGAGCAAGCCACAGCAUUCCAAGAUCAGGAAAUCGAUGGCAAGUCACUGCUCCUGAUGACACGUAAUGACGUGCUAACGGGCCUGUCGAUAAAGCUGGGCCCGGCUCUGAAGAUCUACGAGUAUCAUGUGAAGCCACUGCAAACCCAGCACCUAAAGAGCGACGCUUGUUAG